UUGGGGCUGGCCCGCAGGGUCAACCGACGCCCAGAUUUUUUUUUCUAUUUCCGAUAUUCAAUAGUAAAAACUGUAACCUACAUAGUAAAUUUUAAAAUAAGACAUUUGAAAAUUCAUGUUCAUAAUAAAAGUCUAGUCCACGAUUACGAUGUUAACAUUGUAAAUUAUAAUGGAGUUUUUCUUUCCGUGUAUCUUUGUUAAAGCCGCAAGAUCCUCUUCUUAAAAGAAAAAAAAAACUAUUCCUUUUAUUAUUAAUACACAUAAAUAAUAAAUGUUUUGCUUGCACCAUUGAACUCUCGACCCUCUUUUGAAUAAAAAAGUCUCCCUAUCUCCAUCACCACUCUGCCUAUUAUCAUUAUCACCAGAAUUUUAUUAAAACCCAUUAAUAAUAUGAAAUGACGAUAAUAUAUUUCAAAUCAGUAACAUAAGUUUUGUUCAGUAAGUCUCGAUGUCUCUCGAAACAUCCAUAUAUUAUUUUAUCAUACUUAAUUAUUACCAAAAGUAAUUGAAAUUUCUGAAUUGUGCUUUGAUAAAAUAAACGAAAAAAAUUUGCUGAUAUCAAUGCGAUGACCGAUUUCGUCGCCGGCUGUAUUGGAGGGUGUGCGGGUCUUGUUGUUGGAUACCCUCUGGAUACAAUCAAGGUUCAUUUACAAGUUCAAAGUUAUAAUAAUCCAGUUUAUCGAGGAACAUGGCACUGUUUUCAAUCCAUCCUUUACAAAGAAUCGAUCACCGGAUUCUACCGAGGACUGUCUUCACCAUUAGCCGGAGUAGCAGCAAUAAAUGCCAUUUUAUUUGGUGUCUACGCUCAAUGCCAAAAAUUCAUAAUAAAAGACCCCGAAAACCUCAGCUCGCAUUUUUUAGCGGGUGCCAUAGCAGGCCUGGCUCAAUCGCCCGUUACAUCCCCCCUCGAGUUAGCGAAAAUGCGCCUGCAGCUUCAAGAUAGCUCUAAUCCAACUUAUUCAGGCCCGGUAUCAUGUCUCAAAGACAUUUAUCGUAAUCAUGGUAUCCAUGGUAUCUUUCGCGGUUUCUGGAUAACUACUCUCCGAGAUGUCCCCAGCCUGGGUUUCUAUUUCGCUACAUACGAGGCCCUUACCCGGGAUAUUUACAUAAAUUUUAGCUUGACCUCAAACGAUAUCAACGAAAUGAACAAAGAAGCCACAACCCUCCACAUGCUUAUCGCUGGUGGACUUGCUGGCACCGCAUCCUGGAUCUUCACUUAUCCAAUAGACGUUAUCAAGUCACGCAUUCAAGCUGAUCAAAAUGGCCGGUACAAAAACAUUGUCGACUGUUUUAAAAAAUCGCUCAAGGACGACGGGCUACGUUGUCUAUUUCGCGGGCUAAAUUCAACUAUUUUACGUGCUUUUCCCUCUAAUGCCGUAACUUUUACUGUCGUUCAUUGGACUCUCAGGUUAUUUAAUUAUGACGAUAAAAAAAAACAUUUUGAGGUUAGAGACAAUUUUUCAACUAAUGAUCAUAAUAAUAAUAAUAAUAAUAAUCAAUAUCCAUGUAAUACGCUAUUUAAAUUUAAUGUAUUUUCUAAUAGUAUUUUAGAUAAUAAUUUCAAUUUAUGCAAACGUGUUACUAUUUGUCAUGAUAAUUAUUAUUUACAUUAG